CUUUCUUUCUUCUUCUUCGUUUCUUUUUCUCUUUUCUCUUCUUCUUCCUCUGUUUCUCAAAACCUCACAUAAGUUUUUUUUUUUUUUUAAUUGCAUUUCCAAAUCCUCACUUUCUUCCCUUCGAAACCUCCAAUCGCUCCCUCUCUCGCUCAUUUUAAUUUAUUUCACAAAUCACCGGAAAAUCUCCCCGGCGGCGGCGGCGGCGGCGAUGGCUGACUAUUUCUCAAGCUCCGUCGAAUUCGGACUCAACCUAUCAAAGCGAGUUUACUACGGGAAAGGAUCAGCUCCUUCGCUUGUUCGGUCGAUGUCACGGUCGUCGGAGGGAUUCCUCCCGACGGCUCCGAUGUGCUACGCGGUGAUAUCCGAUCCGGAAAAGGUCGAGAAUCCGGACAUUCGAAGUUACCAGCCCUACGUGCACGGCCAGUGCGAGCCUCCGGCGCUGAUACCGCUUGAGCUUCACGGCGUCACCAUGGAAGUAGAGUGCUCCUUGGACACGGCGUUUGUAACGGUUUCCGAAAAGUGGCGCGUGCAUUGCGUGACCGGAAGUAGUACGUGUGAUUGCCAGGUUGCUAUACCCAUGGGUGAACAGGGUUCACUUCUAGGUCUGGAAGUUGAUGAUUCUGGUAGAACUUAUCAUACUGAAUUGAUCUCCCUGAACGAUGAAAAUGAUAAGGAUAAAGUGGCCAAAGCUAAAGAUGGAUACUUCUUGAAAAGCCAUAUAUACACCGUUAAGAUUCCACAGUUUAGGGGAGGCUCCGUGUUCUCAACUAAGAUUAGAUGGUCCCAGAAAAUAUUAUUUCAUGAUGGCCAGUUAUCUGUCUGUGUCCCUUUCAGCUUUCCGUCAUACGUCAACCCAGCCGGAAAAAGAAUUUCUAAAAAGGAGAAGAUAUUUUUGAAAGUGAAUUCUGGUUCUGCAACGGAAGUGUUGUGCAAAACCACCAGUCAUCCCCUUAAGGAACUACUGCGCCAAGCUGGCAAAUUAAAUUUAUCAUAUGAAGCAGAAGUGCCAGUAUGGUCCAGUACAGACUUCAGUUUCUCGUACUCUGUUUCUUCAAAUGACAUAUCUGGAGCUGUUCUUCUGCAAUCUCCAUUCCUGCGUGAUUUUGAUGAAAGAGAGAUAUUUUGUUUGUAUCUUUACCCAGGAAACGGACAGGGCAGAAAGGUUUUUAAAAAGGAUGUGGUGUUUAUAGUAGAUAUAAGCGCAAGCAUGAAGGGAACUCCUCUCGAUAACACAAAGAAUGCCCUACUAACAUCACUCUCCCAACUAAAUGCACAAGAUACAUUUAACAUUAUAGCUUUCAAUGGAGCGCUCUACUUAUUUUCGUCAUCAAUGGAAUCAGCUACUGAGGAAGCAAUUUUAAAUGCUACGAAGUGGGUUGACACUAAUUUUAUUGCUAAUGGUGACACUAAUAUUAUGCUUCCCUUAACACAGGCAAUGAAGCUACUUGAGAAAUCCACUGAUUCGGUCCCUCUUAUUUUUCUCGUUACUGAUGGGGCCGUUGAGGAUGAGAGAGAGAUAUGCAAUUUUGUGGAAAGCUAUGUCUCAAGUGGGCAAUCAGUUCCAACACCGCGCAUAUGUACCUUUGGCAUAGGUUUAUAUUGCAAUCACUACUUCCUGCAAUUGCUUGCACAAAUUGGGAGGGGCCACUAUGAUUGUGCUCAUGAUUUGGAUUCAAUUGAAUUUAGAAUGCAAAGGCUUUUCAGUACAGCUUCGUCGGUUAUAGUUGCUGAUGUAACAAUCGAAAGUUUAGAAGGUCUUGAUUCACAUGAGUUAUUCCCGUCUCAUAUACAAGAUAUAUCAUCUGGAAGUCCGUUGAUCCUAUCAGGCAGAUACAGUGGAACUUUCCCUGAAUUAGUUAAAGUCUCUGGUACUUUGGCAGAUAUGACUAACUUCGCUGUAGACCUUAAAGUGAAAAGAGAGAAGGAUAUACAACUCAGUAACGUCCUUGCAAAGAGACAUGUAGACAUGGUCACUGCACAGGCCUGGUUAUUGAAAAGUGAAGAGCUGGAGGAGAAGGUUACAAAAAUGAGUAUUCAAAAUAAAGUCCCGUCAGAGUAUACCUGCAUGAGCAUGGUUCUUGUAGAGAGCGAAGAAGGGAAGAAAGCACCGGAACAAUUUCUGUUACAAAAGGCAUACAGCAAACUUAGCUUCCAGAGGGUGGAGUUGAACAAGCAGAAGUUAUUCCUUGGCGGACUAAGUGUUGGAUUUGGUGACUCAAAAGCAACUGCUGAGAAUUUGGCACCAGCUAUAAAGGAAGCAAAACCACCUGAAGGACUACUGGGGAAGGCUGCUUCCACCUGUUGUGGUCGAUUGGCCGAUACCUGUUGUGGCAUGUGUCUGUUGCAGUCUUGCACUUUUGUGAAUGACCAGUGCACCAUUGUUUGCACUCAACUUUGUGCAGCCCUGGCCUGUUUUGAGUUAAUCAAAUGCUGUGUUGAGCUCUGCGAGUGUGAUUGUUUGCAGUGAAAUUAUAUAUAUGCUAAGUCAAGCAUAGAGAAACUGUUUAAUAUUACAAAAUUGUUGGCUUGUAUAUAUAUGUAUUAUAUGAGCUCUUCUAUGAAUAAAAUGUUUACAGCUUA